AUGGACAAGACGGAGUGUGCGUUAUGCAGUCGUAAGCGAGAUGUUUUCUCGUGUGCAAACUGCACAUCCGCAAUGCUACAGCAGCGUCGUACGAUGCUAGCUGCACUACAGGCAGACGUAUCUGUCUUACGCAAGAAAACUGAAUAUGCGCUAAAUACGAAGUAUCCGCUAGUGCAUGCAGAAUUGCGUCUGCACAAUCACAUGAAGAAAAUUGACACUUUGGCCAAGACAGUCAUGAAAGUACGCGAAAAGCUUUGCUCUGAGCGGAUUGCAGUCAUGGAACGGACGUCUAAGUUGGAGGAACGCACUUCACAAAUAGCUGAAGCGCACCAUAAGCUAUUGAAGUCGAGUGAAAGGGCAGAGAAUGUUCAUGCCCCAGUGUUAGAAUGUUUGGACUUUCAAAUACAAUGGGCGGAUGAGAAUGCUGCGAAAGUUCGGGGCGAUCGGCUGCGUGCAUUAUUUGCGCUUUUUGCAUUAACACCCGAGAAGGAGAGUGAUAGAGACACGAAGGAAGAGUUAGACGAUCCAUUUUGUGGACUGCCUGACGAACAGGAAGGUGUUUCCAAGAAAUUGAAAGCCAGAAAGAAUGUAAAUGUGUAUUUUCGAACGAUUUUGGGACUACCAUUGCCAAAAUCUGGUAAAUACGAUAAUGUUCCACCAGAAGUGGUUGCUGCUGCACUCGGUCAAGUUAUUCAUUUAUUACACUGUCUGAUAAAAUAUUUAAAAAUUACUUAUCCACAUCCUAUGGAGUUCAAUGGAUCGUUUUCUACGAUUGGAAGCACAACCGAAGGAGCUGGCUGCCACACACUCUAUCCGGAUGGCAGUAUUGGCUUUGAACGUGGAGUGAGUAUGCUGAAUGAGAACGUAGCAUUUUUGUGUGCUUGCCAAGGUGUGUUGAAAAAGGACGUUCAUCAAACUGAUUUAUUGGGAAACUUGCUACAAGUGUACAAGUCAGCAAGACUUGGAACGCUAUGCGAUAAUCAUGACGUGACUGAAUCUGCCUCUGAUGAAAGCACAAAGCGAAGCGAUGAAGCGACGUCGGUAUUGCUUGGAAGGUCACAUAUAGUGAGUGAAGGUGUAGAAGUAUUGCCUGACUACUCAUGA